AUGGAAAUCAGAACAUCACCGAAGUAGAUGCACUUGAUAAAAGACAAACACUUGACCCUGCAGAGCAAUACAAAAUGAACCACAAAAGAAGAGGAGUUGCAUUAAUCUUCAAUCAUGAGCACUUUUUUUGGCAUUUAAGGCUGCCAGACAGGCGUGGGACUAAUGCAGACAAACAGAAUCUGACACGCAGUUUGAAAGACCUUGGAUUUGAAGUCCGAUGCUUUGAUGACCUGAAAGCAGAAGAUAUGCUGGAAAAAAUUUAUGAUGCCUCUGCAGAGGACCACAGUGACACCGACUGCUUUGUAUGUGUGAUCCUGAGCCACGGGGAGAAUGAUAUUGUUUACGCAUAUGAUGCUCCAAUCAAAAUUGAAACAAUCACAAGCAUGUUCAGAGGAGACAGUUGCCAGACUUUGGUAGGAAAGCCUAAAAUAUUUAUCAUUCAGGCAUGUCGAGGUGAUAAACACGAUGAUGCAGUUGCUUUUCGUGAUUUAGUAGACAGUAAAGAGGAUGAACCUGAGACUGAAGUGGAUGCAUCAGGUGUCUACACUCUGCCUGCUGGUGCAGACUUUCUAAUGUGCUACUCUGUGGCACAAGGGUACUUUUCCCACCGUGACACUGUGUGUGGCUCCUGGUACGUUCAAGAUUUGUGCGAGGCGCUUAGAAAGCACGGCUCUUCCUUGGAAAUCUCSGAACUUCUCACUCUUGUUAACAGGACAGUGUCUCAUCGCACUGUAGAGAAGUGUAGAGAUACCAGUUUAAUAGGAAAGAAACAGAUUCCUUGUUUUGCCUCAAUGUUAACUAAAAAGCUCUAUUUUCAUCCCAAAUCUAACAGUUAAAAUUACUGGUUAAUGCAGAAAAUGGAAGAAAUGGGAUCUUAAUUCAAGGAAACUAAUACUGUGUAUUUUCUGCAGUCUAUGUUUUUUCAAAUCUUGAAAAUUAUUCUACAAGUUUAUUUUGCAAAAACACUAAGAUGAAACUUUUUAUAUACUAUUCUACAAUUUUUUUAAAGCAAUUUUAAACUUGAUGGUGCAAGCUCUGUUCAUCUCAGGCAAUUYGGGGAAUGCUGACUGGUGCAAGACCAAUAGAGGUGCUCAGAUUUUAUUAAAAUAAACUUGUUCAAAGAUUUUUUUCUUGACUUUCAUCUAACUAUGRUGCAUUUUACUACUUCCAAAACCUUUUAAAUGCUCCAUCAGAUGAGCUUUUUUUGUUCCAGGAGCUUCCCCAGUUUACAGCAGAUAGACACAUUUUUAUGAAUACCUAAACAGCCUUGCUUUUGAUACAUUCUGAACUUGUGUGUCCACCUUUACAUUUCUGUAAUUUAUUGAGCUUUUCGGCCACAACUUUUCUAUAUUUCUCCAAGACGACAAAUAUACUAGUUGAGUACCACUGCUAUAUUGAAACAAGCUCAAUAAGAAAGGUGUUUUUUUUUGCUUGCACGUCCUUUACAUUCAAAGUGUAAUUAAAGUUUGCUGGUGUUUUACACCCUUGGGAUGAGCAUAAGUACUGGCAAAACAAGACUACAUAAAGCUUGCUUUUAGCAUUAGCUUGAACAUAUUUGGGCUUCACCAACAUUCCUUGUGAGGAGUAAGUUAGCAGCUAAAGCAAAUCACUUUGAAUAUCACCUGCAACUCCCCUGGAGAUCUCUUGGCUUACUCUCCAAACUACAGCAUAUGCAGACAUUACACUCCAGGCCUUGCUGCUGGAUUGGCCUCUCCUUGCCCUUGGCCCCAGACAAGUUCAUUUAUACCCUGUCUUGAGCUACGCUGGUCACCACAGGCUGUUUCCAGGUGCUACUGUAGAAUCCUCAGUAAUUUACAUCAUGCUCAAUGGAAGCAAGUACUUCUUUAUUAGUGUAUUAACACAUAUCACUUUUACAUUAUUGAUGCAUAUGCUUAGCUGUGGGGUAUGAUGGAGAACUCAGAGAAUAAAAUCAUAAUCCGAAUUUCCUG